AUGUCUGUUGCAAACUUGGCAACGAAUCCGGGCAGCAUGAGCUGGACGGCGAGUCAGUUUGGGUCCCUACAGACAACGCUCAACGGAGUAAAUCUGGGAAGCUCGAUUACAUAUCCUCAAUUUGUCCUGGCUGCAAAUGGAAGGCUGCAGCUGUCGUAUCGAGUCGGCAUUUCUGGCAAUGGCCAGGCUAGCAUCGCCGAAUACAACGAAUCUACUUGGUCAAUCCUCGGGCAGUGGUCUUCCCCAACUGGAACAUACACGUCGACAAACGAUGUGGCCAGCACGGCACGCAACCUUUACAUUCACGGUUUUACCUAUAAGAGCGGUCGCCUCCACUCUUCUGGAACGUGGCGUGAACAAAACACGGGAUUCUUGUGUAGCAGUGGUGGUUUGACCAAUCACGAUACGAUCUACGUCUAUUCCGACGAUAGUGGGUGA